AUGACGCUUCCUCUGAACAAAUUUGCUUGGAAUUCCUUAUUUCUUACUGCAGCACUGCAAGCUCCUGCUUUCAUUCAACUCUCUGAUAGAGCGAAACUGUUGCUGGUGACCAUUAGUGCUGCUCUCCUGGUGGGAUCCUCCAGGGUGAACGGAGGUCACAUUGGAGGCGGAGGCGGAGGCGGCGGCUUUAGCGGAGGACACACUGGAGGCGGUGGCUUCGGCGGUGGUGGUUUCUCUGGAGGCCAAUAUGGAGGACGUGGAGGAUUCGGCGGUGGUGGAUUUAGUGGAUCCCACGGUGGAUUUGGUGGAUCCCUCGGCGGAUUUCGAGGCUCCCAUGGCGGUAUAGGUGGAGGAUUUGGCGGCGGAGGGAUUGGCGGAGGAUUCUCUGGAGGACGAUAUGGAGGACGUGGAGGAUUUGGCGGCGGUGGAUUUGGUGGCUCACUUGGCGGAUUUGGUGGGGGUAAGGGCGGAUUUGGAGGCUCCCAUGGCGGGAUUGGCGGAGGAUUUGGCGGCGGCAGAAUUGGCGGAGGAUUCUCUGGAGGACGAUAUGGAGGACGUGGUGGAUUUGGCGGCGGUGGAUUUGGUGGAUCCCUUGGCGGGUUUAGCGGCGGAUUUGGUGGGGGUAAGGGCGGAUUUGUAGGCUCCCGUGGCGGGUUUGGUGGUGGAUCUGGUUUUGGCUCUCACGGCGGGAGCUUCGGCCGCAGCUAUGGUUAAGGAAAACAUCUUAAAUUUAUGCCAGUUCUUCACCAGUUUUGAUAAACAUUUA